GCGCAAGCGCAGUGCCGCGUAUGAGAGCCUGUGAGGUGGGCCAAGGGUAGGCAGUGCUUUCUACAGCUCCGUAAGACAUUUUUCAAUCAAAAAUAGUUACACUUAUCUGUUACUAAUGUUAAAAUGAAUAACACCAAGAACUCUCAACAUAACACAGCUUGUGCCAAAUUGUAAAGUGUGGUAAACUUGAUUAGAUAUUUGCUACAACUACAAGUGAUGGCUUCCUCUAUCGGCAGAUUGGCUGCUUCAGCUUCUGUUAGAGCAGUGAAACGGAAAUUUCCUCCAAGAGCAGCAUUAGUUUUGACACCUGCAGCAGUAAACAAGAUAAAACAGAUUCUAGGAGAAAAAUCAGAAUUUAUUGGUUUAAAAGUCGGUGUGCAGCAAAGGGGUUGCAAUGGUCUCUGCUAUACAUUAGACUAUGCAGUAGAGAAAGGAAAGUUUGACGAAGAAGUAAUUCAAGAUGGGGUUCGAGUAAUAAUUGACAAGAAGGCACAACUAACUCUCCUGGGUACGGAAAUGGACUAUGUUGAGGACAAACUGUCAGCAGAAUUUGUCUUCAAUAACCCCAACAUAAAAGGCACAUGUGGAUGCGGCGAGAGUUUCUCACUAUAGUUCUUUUUUUUAGUUGUAGUAAACAUAGAUUUGUUUUCUGUGAUAUAAAUUUAGUAUUAAAAUAAUGUAAAUUUGUAUAUUUUUCUGCUAUAGGUGCUUUAUUUAUUUAUGUAUAUAUUAUAUGUAAUGCCAUUUGAUGUAUACAUCUAGAUAAAGAAAACAAAAUAAAUAUUUUAAUUUGUCAUGUU